AUGUCAGAAAAAGCGGUUCUGUUCGGAAUUAAUUUGGUCUUCAAUUUGGCUUUUGCAUCACUCUACAUCCAAUUGCCAGCCGAUUGGAAGUGGACAUCGCUCUUGAUUGAAGCUGGUUUCCUCUGUUUUCUGCUUUCAAUUAAGCUGCGGAGAUAUUCACAUUCCUCCUCCACGAUUGUUGUGUGGUUGCUGAAGUGGCUUCUCUUUAGAGAAGCUGUCUCUACAGGAUUCUCUAGAUUAUCAAGUGAUAACUACUUCUGGUACGAUCUUUCUGCUAUGGAGCACUAUUUCUCCAUGCAGAUUUCUCCAACACCACCGGCUUACUAUCUCAGUUUGGCUCCCCGUUGGUUUAUUCGCAUCGUCUCAGCGGCCUUUAUCGCUAUGGAAAUAUUCUUGCCUUUUCUCUUCUUGAUUCCCGUUCGGGAACUGCAGAUGUUCUCAUUCUUUGCGAAUUUCAUGUUCCAUGCCAACUUAAUGCUCACGGGUAACUACGGUAUCUACAAUCUCCUCUCUAUCGUUAUCAGCCUCGCUCUUCUUCCGGAGCCCAAAAGAAAAUACAAAAAGUCGUCAGCCUUUCAAAGAUUCAUCUCAAUUACAACGACGGUGGCUGUGCUUGCGGUUCUUUUCUAUGGCGUGUGGGUGUUCUUCGAUUUGUCGGAGGGUGUCGAGGCCAUGCGAAUCGGUACUCGUAUCGAUUCGCCCGCUGUUUCUGUGCUUGUACGGGCCUUCUUUGUUCGCUAUCCUAACUUAUGCAUUCGUCUUGGCGUUUCUAGCCCACAAGCUACUCUAGUCUCUGACUUAUGCUUGUUGCCUGCUCGGGUGCCAUUCUCGACUCUGGUUGAUCUUAGCGGAUCUGUGCCUCUGCCGAGGUUCGCAUCUGAACUUACUGCCGCGCUGAAGCCCUUUCACCUUGCCAAUGAUUAUCGUUUCUUUCACCAGAAGGAGAAGGAUGCGCUUUUGAAGGUGGACCGACAGCGUACCACACUGGUUCUAGAGGGUGCAAUGAAUGAGAAUGGACCCUGGAAAGAACUCUCUUUCCGCCAUAUACCUAGCAUUCCUGAGAAGAUGCCGUCAAUCAUUCCCGGACAUUUGCCUGUGGUCGACUUUGAGGUAGCAGUGAGUGGCGAAAGGCCCUUUGAGAAGUCCCCAACUAUUGCAAGCCUUGUCUAUCGAAUUCUCACCAACGAAAAGGAGGCGGAAACGUCCGAUGGAUGCCAACUUCGUAUCGUUAAUGCUGGACAAGGUUCGAGCGAUGAUGGGUCAACCCUCGAAUCUGAACGGCUUUUAUGCUGUCCUCGUAACGGUCUUAUUGGUGAACAAAUUUUUAUAGUUGCAUCCUUCUCCAUCCUUUGUGUACCAAUGACGGCUUUUUCUACGCUUUUCGCUUGGAUGGAGGAGUGA